AUGUUUGAUGUCAAUAACGAAAACGGUUAUGUACUAUGUAAAAAAUAUUGUAUACCGGAAGAAAUAUUAGCAUUAAUUUUAAGUCAUGUGCCAGCGAAAAAACUUGUUUUCGACUGUCGAAGAAUUUGUAAAUAUUGGUGCAAUGUCAUUGAUUCCCUAGUUUGGAGAAUAAAAUUAAAAAGAAUGAAAAUACCACCGAAUAAAGUUGUUGAAUUGCCUUGGUAUAAUUGUUUUUGGAUUGUCAUUAAAACCCCUUUAGAUAGAAAUUUAGUUAAAAAUAACUGUGGCCAAGAGGGACUUAAAUAUUGGAAAAUUUUAAGUUCUGGUGGAGAUGGUUGGGCGAUUGAAAAACCUCCUGUCGGAUGUGAAGAUUUUCCCAAAAGCGAAGAAGUUUAUUUAAAUAAAUGUUCUAUUUUAAAUCAUAAAUCAUGUUUUGCAACAUCGUAUUAUUCUUGUACGAAAAUGCAAAUAAUCGAUCUUAAAAAAGAAGGUGCUUGUUCGGAACUAUUGGAUAAAUUAAAGCCUCAAAUAACUAUAAAUGAUUGGUGCUGUGGUAGGUUCGAUUGUAAUAGUAUUUACGAAUUGAAAGUAAAACUUGUUAAUGACAAAUUUGAAACUGUUGCCGAUUUUGAAGUUAGAAAAAAUUUAGGAUUAGCAGAUGGAUCACAGUGGCAAAGGAUAUCGCAUACGUUUAUCGAUUAUGGUUCGGGAGUUAAAUUUAUCGAAUUCUACCAUGGUGGUAUGGAUUCACAAUUUUGGAAAGGUCAUUAUGGAAGUAAAAUGACUGGAGCCUUAGUUACCCUUUCGUUUAAAUGA